AUGGCGCCGUACCUGGAGUCGAUUACCUCUUUUGCGGACGUUCCGGUUACCGAUGCUGGCAUCGACACGCUUGCCUUCCUGCAGGCCUCUACCGGCCUUGUUGGCCUCUUUGACCUUCUUGGAUCUGCUGCAUUCACUCCGGUCACGAAGGACUUGACAGGCAAUAUUGCGAAAGUUAGGGCGCGUUAUGAUGCGACUCCCACUCUAUCGAGCACGCUUCAGAAGCUCGUGGAGAACGAGAAGGGCGAGAAGAAGCAGACCGCAACGGAGGGUCUGAUGUGGUUGCUUCGUGGCCUUACAUUCACCCUCAAGGCGCUCCAAUACACCGUGGCGCACCCCACCGAGGAGUUGAACAAGGCCUUCGCGGAAUCUUAUAGCAAGACUUUGAGUCAGUUCCAUAACUUUGUUGUCAAGGGCGUCUUCUCGGUUGCUCUCAAGGCCUGCCCGUACCGCAAGGACUUCUUUGAGAAGUUGCGCGCGGACCCCAAUGGCGGCCCCGGCGCUUCGGAAGAGACGGUCCAGGCUGAGCUCACCAAGUGGCUGGCCGGUCUCGAGAAGAUCGUGGACACCAUGAAGGCCUUCUACGAACAGGGCAAGUACGGCAAGGUACUCUAA